UACAAUUUGUCGAUAACUUCAAUCAAUUGGCUUGCUCAACGUGUGGAAAUCGACAACAAUUUCCCCGGUAGUUGCAAUAUCAAGGAGCCAUGGAAACCAUUUUAGAACAACAGAGAAGGAUACAUGAGGAAAGGGAAAGAGUAGUUGAUGCAUUGGCAAAAGAAACGCUUCAUAAAAAGACAACUAACCGUGAGCAGAUAAAUUCAGACUACCGUGCAAAGCAACUUCUUGAUCGCUAUGUAGAUGGGACCAACACGUUAAAAGAGCUCUAUGAAGAUAGAGAUGGGCUACGUAAGGAGGAGAUCCAGGCUCUAUCUGGUCCUAAUGAGUUUGCUGAGUUCUAUACAAGGUUAAAGGUCAUCAAAGAUUUCCACAGGAGACAUCCUAAUGAGAUCUCAGUGCCUAUGUCCAUUGAGUUUGAGCAGCUGAGGGAAGAUAGAGAGAACCCCGCCGAGGAGAAUCAGUCUUUGGUUCCUUUCAAAGAUGAAGAAGGAUACGGCAAGUACAUGGACCUUCACGAGUGCUACGACAAGUAUAUCAACCUCAAGGGUACAGAGAAAGUGGACUAUGUGACAUACCUGUCCAUUGCUGAUCGUCUCUUUGAGAUAAACAAGGAUAAGAAGAAUGCAGAAUACAGGAGGUACCUGGAUCUGAUUCUAGUCUAUCUCCAGGACUAUGCCUCUAGGGUCAAGCCCAUCCUGGACUUUGCAGAGGAACUAGAGAAGGUCAAGAAAGAAUUUGAGAUUCAAUGGGAAGCAGGGACUUUCCCCGGCUGGCCGAAAGAAGCAGCCAGUGCCAUGACCCAUGCUGGAGCUCAUCUUGACCUGUCUGCAUUCUCGUCACCAGAGGAGUUGGCGUCUCUUGGUCUGGAUCGUCUCAAGUCAGCCCUGAUGGCGCUCGGGCUCAAGUGCGGUGGGACCCUGGAGCAGCGGGCCCAGCGCCUCUUCAGCACCAAGGGAGUCCAGCUGGACGAGCUAGACCAGGCCCUGUUUGCUAAGAGUAAACCGGGCAAGACAACCAAAGCUGGCAAGAAGGAUGCAGAAAAGCAGAGAGAUACAGCAUUCUUGGAAGCUCAGGUCUACUACUUCUUUGAACUUCUUGGGGAGCAACGCCAAGCAACGAGAGAGAACGUCCAGAGGAAGCAAGCAAGGACGGGAACAGAGAGGGAGGAUGAGGACGAGGAACACUUCUCAGACAGUGAUAGCGAUGAUGAGGAAGAGGUCAUCUACAACCCUAAGAACCUGCCCCUUGGAUGGGAUGGAAAGCCUAUUCCUUAUUGGUUAUACAAACUCCAUGGCCUCAAUAUAUCGUACAGCUGCGAGAUUUGUGGUAACCAAACGUACAGAGGACCCAAAGCAUUCCAGAGACAUUUUGCAGAGUGGCGCCACGCCCAUGGUAUGAGGUGCCUUGGUAUUCCCAACACAGCUCACUUCGCCAAUGUCACUCAUAUUGAAGAUGCACUAGCAUUGUGGGAAAAACUGAAGAAUAACAAGGCAUCCGAAAGAUGGCUUCCAGAAGCAGAGGAGGAAUUUGAGGACACCAUAGGAAAUGUGGUCAACAAGAAAACCUUUGAAGAUCUCAAGAGGCAGGGAUUGCUCUGAAGCUUUACAGCGGCCAUCUUGGGAAUCCAGAUACCAACUGUCAAUCUUCAAGCAAGACAUAUUUACUUUUCUCUUUUGAUAAUUGUUGUCCUCAGAUAAAUUGUGUUCUUUAGAUAACACAUGCAGUUAACAACUAAAUUAUUCACACCUCUUGUAAAUUUCAUGUCUUUUUUGUUUGUGUUUUUUCGUAACUCAAGAAUGGAAGGUGGACUGGUUGAAUUAGGGCCUUUGUUGAAUACUUUUAGAUGUUUAGUUUUAAUACCCUAUGUCACAUUCUCAAGAAACAUGAAUGGAGACAAAUCAACUUUACACAAACUUAAACAAUUCCAAAACUUUGUAAGGGUAUGAAUGAUUUAUUUGUUAACUGUAAAUGUACUUCCCUGAGCUGAUUGGUAUGUAUUACUUAUCAGACUUCAACAGCAAAGUUGUUACUUAUUUAGCUUUCUCUUGAUGUAAGCCUCUCACAUUUGUACAUCAGGAUUUUCUUUGGAUUAGUGAUGAGCAUACAUGCUCAAGGGACCCCCUUUCAAUGUUGUAUUCAAGUGAUUUAGUGCACACAAAACAGAUAAGAUUGAAACAAUGUAUUGUAAUGACCUUUUUUUUUAAAGAAGUGAGUAUAUGAACUGACUAUGCCAGACCUAUGUUAAGAGGGGGUCCUGUUGACCUAUAAUGAUAACAAUAAUUGAAACUAUAAAUCACUCUUAUACAGUCUCAUGAAAUCUGUGUGGACAUAUGUAUUUAAUAUAAAUAUUGCAUUACACUUUGGUUGAGAAUCUGAGUAAGUCAUUGCUGACAGCUCAUUAGCAUAAAUCACCAAGAUUGUCAUACAUUGCAAGUUUCGGCAAUAAUCGCUCUGUGUUCAAUUUCAUACUCUAAAUGAUUUCCCAACUUCAUCCCUGGCCUAUACACUAUACCUAACCCUUACCAUAAUCCUAAACCAGGGAUCAACACUAACCAGUGCCCUGGACAAAUGUCUGGACUCCCAAAAAUUCAAAAUUUUGAUGUGGAGCCCUGCUGAAAGCAUAUAUUGUAACCCUAACUCGACCCUAAAUCAUUGACAAAGUAAAGUCCUGAGCAAUUGUUGCCAGAGCAUCAAGAUCUGUGUUUAUAUGACUAUAUGAGACCCCCUCCCCCCACCUCCCUCUUUGCGGUACAUGUAUAUUUCAUUUUCUAAACUUUGAAUUUAUUAGUGAAAUAAGUGACUUAGCAGGCAAGCUUUGAACGGCAGGGAAUGACAUCGUUGUGUUAAAAUUAAUAAGACUUUAUCAUUUAGCAGACAGACAACUUUUUAAUCUAAGAGAAGGCGACCAAACAACCUCUUCUUAGACUUGUUAACAAGUGGACUCGUUAUGCAGUGAAUAAUCUGGUGUUUCUAUGAUGAAGAUUGCCCUGUAUUUUAAUGGUAUUUGAAAUGUAUAUAUGUACAGUGCUUUGUGUAUAGUUUUUAAAAACAUCAUUCUGUCCUAUGUAAGUAAAAGACAUUCAUACUGAGUACACAAUUCUGUCAUUAAUUUUUCUACAUUCAGUGAUUAAACACCUUCCACAUCUUCCUGAGAAGUAAACAGUCAAAAGAAUGGUUAAAUUGCCAUUAAAAGCAUGUUUAUGACAUUAUGUUUUGAUAGAGAAACGCUGUAAUAUGCAUAUACCUAUGUGUGUUUUACUGGUUCUAUUCUAAAUUGUCCCCCAGUGUCUGAGUCUCUCAUAAUUUUGUUCCGAGAUUCAAGAUUUAAUCAUACCAACUCAAAUAUUUUUUGGGGAUAGCUGUAUUACCGGAAAUUUCAGUAACUUGAAAACUUUACAAAUGUCUAAUGAUGACCACUAUGCAGCAUGAUACUCCUGCGAAUCACUAAAAAAAAAAAAAUCAUCAUUGUAAUCAAUAUUUGCAAGGCAUGGUGCUUUUACAAAUCUGGACUACUCAUAAAAAUUCACAAAAAUUUCAGGCACAUAAGUUUCUAGAUUUAUUGUUUACGUGAAUCAUUGUCAUGGUUAUUACUUUUUUUUCCAUUGAAUAUUCUUUCUUUUUUUCCACUGUAUUUGAUUAUAUUUAAGAUAACUGCACCGUCACAAAAGAUGUUGUUUGUCGUUGUGUCACACUCUUCAAUUGGCUGUAUGAAAGAUGAAAUGAAUAAAAGCGCUUCAAACAUAUUUCUAAA